AUAUUUUGCUUCAUCGCUGUGAAGUUCAAUUGAAUGAACAGCAAAGCAGCAAGACAAAAAGACACGCUAUCAUCAUCAAUAAAAAAUGGCAUUGAGUGAGAUUCAACUUGUUAACACUUGCGGAAUUUGCGAAGAAAUUGUAGAUAAACCUGAAAUUCGCAAACAUAAAUGUUUAGCAGGAUUCAAAAAAUUCUACGUGGAUAAAAAUCGAUAUUUUUAUCCAGUAUGUGAGGAUAACACAAUAAUACGACGAAGUGCAAUGAAUAAUGGUGAAGAAAACAUUGUAAUAGAUGAAACACCUAUUGUCAGUAACAAAGAAUCGGAGACGUUUAAUGAUUUUUCUGAUUCCAUGGAUAUAGAUGAAUUAUUUAUCGAAGAAGUUUCUAAACACGAAGUAUUAUAUAAUUACAGUAUUCCUCUUCAACAACGUAAUAGAGCAAUAAUAAAUGAAACGUGGAUAGAAGUUUCAAAGGCUUUGGGAGGGCGUUUAGAUCCAAAACAAGCUGCUAAAAAAUGGAAGAUACUACGAGAUAGCUAUUCUCGUGAGUUGGCUAAAGAAAAAUUACCAAGUGGGGCAGAACGACCUACUUUGAAGCGAAAAUGGAAACAUUUUGAUCGAAUGGAUUUUUGCGCGACACCAUUUAUAGAAAGAAUACAAGUGAUAAUCUUCCUGGAAAUGAGGAAAACAGCGAAAACAAUGAAAAUAUACCACCAAUUCCAAAGAAAGGACGAAUGUCAAUCAUACCGAUGGACGAUACAGCAUCAACUGCACUCAACAAAAUUGCAGAUGCAAUUACUACAAUCAGCGCAAUUCCCGAACCUGUGCAAUUGCCUAUGUUACCACUUCCUGACAAACAGGAUGACGUCGAUGGAUUGAUGCUUAUAAUAUCUGUUCAAUUACGAAAACUGCCGGAACGAAAAAGGAGAACUUUAAUAUUUGAAAUAUUAUCAUUCGUGAAUGAUAAAAUUAAUAAUAUUUUGUUUUAAUAACUUUUAUGUAUGCAAAACUGUAAAUUUUUACA